GAAAUCUUUGAUCUCGUGGAUGCACUUGAGAAAGCAGAAGGAGCUGAUGUCAACUUUUAUUCUUGGAUGGGCGUUACUCAAAAGACUCCCAAGAACGAGAUCGAACGUGCCUUCCGUAAAAUGUCCCGAUCUCUUCAUCCUGAUAAGAACAAAGGCCCAAAAGCUCAGGAAAAAUAUGCUCGUUUGUCAAGCAUCAUCACUAUCUUGCGCGAUGACGCCAAACGUGAGCGUUAUAACUUCUUCCUCAAGAACGGCGUACCACGCUGGCGCGGCUCCGCCUACUUGUAUAGACGCCAUCGUCCCGGCUUCAAAACUGUCUGUGUCUUUUUGGUAGUCCUAGUCUCUGCUUUCCAGUACUUGGCUCACUAUGUCAGUUAUGUUCAGGAAAGAAGACGCAUGUCCGGAAUGAUUGAACAAUACAAGGAAAUGAUUCGUGAAAAACACCAAAAGAUUCUGGAAGGACCCAUCACUGGUCGUCAACGUCGUUCUGGAGCAUCAUCACCACCUGAAGCUGUGACACCCUUGGGGGAAGUUGAAGGCCCCAUGUAUGCUGUUAAUCAAUAUGGCGAGGAAAUUGAAUUAACCCUCGAUAACAUUCAUUCACCCAAAAUCAAGGAUUUGAUCAUCUUCAGAUUCCCCUUCUGGAUCGUCAAAGCAUUAUUGUUGUUGGCUCCAAAAUCUAUUCGCGAAAAGGUCUAUGCCAUGAAUGCUUUUGAGAGUAUUCGCCCCAAGGACCUUAAAGAGGAGGCAGAAGCUGCCAAGCGCAAACUCCGUAAGGCUGAAUUGGCUAAGAAGAGAGCAGCGAAACGUGCAACUCAACAGAAGCAGAGUCCUGACGUUAGUGAUGAUGAGGUGUAUAACUCAUCUGAGGAUGAUGAGGCCACACUGGCUGCACGGGCCAAGGAAGAGGAGCUGGCUGCUGCAAGAAGACGCCGUCGCAUGAAGGCUCCUGGUCAGGCUACACUCAAGGGUGGACGACGUGGAUAA